AUGGCGUCAUCAUCCAGCGCCCCCUCUGUUGCGCCCCUAGGGCCACAAGUUACCGAGAAGCUCACCCGGGACAACUAUGUCCUUUGGAAGGCGCAAGUCCUUCCCCCCAUUAGAGGCGCUCAGCUCAUGGGGAUCAUUGAUGGAUCCUUCAAGUCGCCGUCAAUGACCAUAGAAGUUGUGAGGGACGACAAGACGAAAGAGAUCCACGUCAAUCCAGCAUAUUCAGCAUGGCUUGCUCAAGACCAGCAGGUGCUUGCUUUCCUUUUUAAUUCAGUUUCGAAAGAUGUGUUGGGCCAAGUUGCGACGCUGGAUUCUGCAGCUGCUGUUUGGGUGGCGCUAGAGACAAUGUUCUCAGCGCAAUCGCGUGCGAGAGUGACAAACCUACGCAUGCAGAUUUCUACUUUGAAGAAAGGAAGUAUGAGUACAUCUGAAUACUUCAACAAGAUGAAGGCUUUAGGUGAUGAAUUGGCAGCCGCUGGCAAGAAAAUAGAAGACGAUGAGAUGGUCUCCUUCAUACUCACCGGAUUAGAUGCGGACUAUAAUCCAAUUGUGACUUCGGUUAUGGGCAGGUUGGAUCCAAUUCCCUUGUCUGAAUUAUAUGCUCAAGUAAUGUCGUAUGAAACAAGACUUGAGAUGCUGCAAAACCAAGGUGGACAGUACCAAUCUUCAGCAAACUUCUCUUCGUCCCGUGGUCGCGGUGGAGGCAGCAACUUUAAUCGUGGUCGAUCAGGAGGAUUUCGUGGACGUGGAGGCCGAGGAGGUCGAGGUACUGGUGGACGACAAAAUCAGUCCACCAACCUGAGGUUCGACGGGCAAGGGACCUCAAAGCCAAGGUGCCAAAUCUGUGAUAAACCAAACCAUUCGGCUCUUGAGUGCUGGCACAGGUUUGAGGAGGAUUUUCAGCCCAACGUGAGCAACAAAACAGCUGCCAAUGCUACAUACUAUGGUGUUGAUACAAAUUGGUAUGUGGACAGUGGAUCAACUGAUCAUAUUACUUCGGACCUCGACAAGAUGACUGUUCGGGAGAAGUAUGGCGGCCGUGAUCAAGUCCACACUGCUAGUGGUUCAGGGCGGUACAACUACUAUGUGAGCUUUAUUGACGACUAUAGCAAGUACACCUGGAUAUAUCUUCUUCGACAAAAAUCUGAUGUCUUUGCUGUCUUUCGUGACUUCCAGCAACUCGAUCACGAAGGAGCACUCGCUGGUGAAAACUCAACUCAAAACAGACAACAGCAGCAAAAUUCUGAGUUUCUGGAUAGAGACACGGGUGCUGAAAUCCAGGAGAAUUUUCCAACAGCAUCUGGCACGGAAGGCAAUGCGGAUUUGGCGGCGGCAGCACCUGGCGACAGCAGCAGCGGUGCAGCGCUAGCGCCGGUUGGCAGCGCGCGGAGUCAUCCCGCGUCACGGCAUGGGCGUGUCGAGCCCGGGCUGGCUGACGGGAGCGCGGGAGGCUCCACCUCCGUACGAUCCUCCGCGGCAGAACCUGGAUCGCGUGCAGAUGGCAACGUUGUGCCCGAACUUGCGACCUCAGCAGCUGCUCGCCCAAACACGAGAUCACAAAGUGGGGUUUUUAAGCCAAAAGUUUUCACAGAUGGAACAAUUCGAUACUCCAGCUACUGUUCGACAGGGGAACCUGAUAAUCUUGCUGAAGCUCUGAGCAAUCCAAAGUGGACUCAUGCGAUGGAAGAAGAGAUAAUGACAUUACACAAGAACAACACCUGGCAUCUUGUUCCUCCAAGGCAAGACAUAAAUUUGAUAGACUGCAAAUGGGUGUAUAAGUUAAAGAGGAAAUCUGAUGGGAGUAUUGAUCGCUACAAAGCUCGAUUAGUCGCAAAAGGGUUUAAGCAAAGAUAUGGGAUCGACUAUGAAGACACCUUUAGUCCUGCAGAUACGUCCCUCUUUAUAUACUCUAGUGGAAACAUCACUAUAUACAUGCUCAUUUAUGUGGAUGAUAUAAUUGUUACAAGUUCCUCUCCUCAAGCCGUGACUGAUUUACUCAACAAACUUCGAGAAGAGUUUGCCCUGAAGGAUCUAGGAGAUCUGAAUUACUUCCUUGGCAUCGAAGUAAAAAAGGUGAAUGGUGGUUUGCAGCUUUCGCAAGGGAAAUAUGCGUCUGAUAUUUUAACAAGGGUUGGCAUGCUGAAGUGCAAAAGUGCACCUACUCCAUUGUCCGCAACAGAAAAAUUGUCAGGGGAAGAUGGCAUGCCAUUGUCACUAGAAGAUGGGACGCGGUACAGGAGCAUAGUAGGAGCAUUGCAAUAUCUGACUCUCACCCGGCCUGACCUCGCAUACUCAGUAAAUAAAGUCUGUCAGUAUCUACAUGCUCCAACUACGGCUCACUGGAGUGCAGUAAAGAGGAUCCUGCGAUACACUCAAGGAACUAUGGACGUUGGCUUAACUAUUCAACCUUCCGAUUCAACUCUGCUUAGUGCAUUUUCGGAUGCAGAUUGGGCAGGCUCGAUUGAUGACAGAAGAUCUACCGGUGGUUUUGCAAUAUUCCUUGGACCUAACUUAAUAUCGUGGAGCGCUAGAAAGCAACCUACUGUGUCAAGAUCAAGCAUGGAAGCUGAAUAUAAGUCAUUAGCAAAUGCUACUGCUGAACUUAUAUGGGUGGAAGCGCUGUUGCAAGAACUAGGUGUGCGGAUAGCUCAGAUUCCGUGCUUAUGGUGUGAUAAUCUUGGAGCCACUUAUCUCUCAGCUAAUCCAGUGUUUCAUGCAAGGGCAAAACACAUCGAGAUUGAUUUUCAUUUUGUGAGAGAAAGGGUUACCAGGAAGCAGUUGCAAAUUCGGUUCAUUCCUUCUAGAGAUCAAGUGGCAGAUGGAUUUACAAAGCCGUUGGCAACUCAGAAAUUCAUAGAGUUUCGAAACAAUCUCAACCUGACAAGCAAGAUCAGUUGA